CCUCCCUCUCUUUCCCCUCUCCUCUCUCCCCUCCUCCUCCCCUCCUUUCUUCUUUCCUCAUACUCACUCCUUCCCGCCUUCCCCUCCUUCCUGGUGCACGGCCAAUCCUGCCGACCGGUUAGCAGCCGUGAUCCGCAAACGAUCGAUCGAUCGAACCAGCCAAUCACCCCCCCGCACCAUGGAUCCGCUCGCCUCUCUUCGUCAUCUCGUUCAAACCCAUCCCCUCAUCGACAACCAUGCCCAUAAUCUCCUCUCGCGCGCCGCAGCCACCAACUACGCCAAAUACCCCUUCGAGCAGAUCACCUCCGAAGCACAGGGCCCCGCCUUGCGCAAUGCUCCCUCCACCCUCCCUCUCCAACGCGCCGCCGCCCAGCUAGCCACCCUCUACAAUUGCCCAUCGUCCGAUUGGGACCGCGUCAAAGCGGCCCGCGAUCGAUGGGUCGACCGGGACUACGAGGGCUUGAUCCGCCGGUGCUUGGAAGGCACGCAUAGCCUGCUACUCGACGAUCUGCUGACGGAUCAAGAUAUCGAGCCCUUCGAUUGGCACGACCGUUUCGCCGCCGCCCCGACAAAACGGAUCGUGCGCAUUGAGGUCGUGGCCGCCCAGGUUCUUUCCUCCAUCCUCCCCGGGGGCUACGACCAGUCCACGGGCAGUCCCGCUGUCCUCCAGCCAUACUUGAAUCAGUUCCGCCAGAGUUUCCACGAGAGAAUUGCCGAGGCCAUCGCGGAUCCUGCGGUGGUCGGCUUCAAAUCCGUCAUCUGUUACCGCACCGGGCUUGCCGUUCAGGCAGCUGACGACACCGACGAUGGGGUCCUACUUCAGUCGUUCGCUCGUACCGUCUCCCGGGGGACUGGUUCUGUAUACCGGGUGGAGGACAAACCUUUGAAUGACUGGCUGGUCAGGCAGGCCCUCAAUCAGCUUCAGUCCGCCAAAGAGACCGACCCUUCGGGGCCCAACAAACCCUUGCAACUACAUACCGGACUCGGCGAUAAUGAUAUAAACCUAAUACUGUCGAAUCCCGCCUACUUACAAGCCCUGUUCGCCCAAUAUCCCAAGGUGGACUUCGUGCUUCUGCAUUCUGCCUAUCCGUACACUCGAGAGGCUGGCUACCUCGCCUGUGUUUAUCCCAACGUCUAUCUGGAUCUCGGUGAAGUGUUCCCCAUGGUGAGCCGGGACGCCCAGGAAUCCAUCAUCCGUGAGAGCCUGGAAAUUGUGCCCACAACCCGUCUCCUGUGGAGCACCGACGGGCAUUUCUACCCAGAAACAUUUUGGUUAGCAAACAAGCAGUUCCGCGACGCAUUAGAGAAGGUUCUUGUGGAUUACAGUCUUCAUGGCGACCACACUGUUGACCAAGCGAAGCUGGCUGCUGCCGAUAUAUUGUUUAAUAACUCCAAUCGCCUUUACGGCCUGAACGGGAAGGCAAACUACAACGGCGGGCUGGCUCCCGCCAUUGGGCCCUUAUCCGGGCCAUCUUCUACGGACGCCUUGGAGAUUUUCAUGCAAAACAAUCCCGACAUCAAGUACAUUUGGCUGCAAUUUAUUGACCUUACGGCGACAACUCGCGUGCGCAUGUUCCCUGUACGGGAGUUCGCGAAAAUCGCAAACAAGCAACGACGCAUCGGCGUCUGUCUGGCUGUUUUCUUAAUGCUCCAGGAUGAUUCUGUCUGUCCGGAGGGUUCUACCACCGGCCAAUUCUACAUGGAGCCGGACCUCUCCAGUCUCUGUCGUAACGUGGGGCUCGACUCGAAGAGUGCCACGGUGAUGACAUGGUGGCGUUCUGAGGAGGGUACGGAGCUAGAGGGAUGUCCUCGAACGACCCUCCAUAAUAUGACUUCCGCAUUGCGAAUCAAUCACGGAAUCGAGGUUACUUGCGGGUUUGAAAUCGAAGUCAUAUUGCUCAAGUGUAUCACCAACCCGGACACGAACGAGGAAGACUUCGUGCCAUGUGUCAACAACCACUCAUGGUCCCAGAUGACCAGAGAAACGCGGCGUUUGGUGCCGUUGCUCGAGGAGAUUACCGAGGCUCUUGAGUCGAUUGGCAUCGAUCUUGAACAAUUUCAUGCCGAGUCAGCGCCAGGCCAGUUUGAGUUCAUUCUACCACCCGGAUCGCCUGUCGCUGCGGUUGACACUCUCAUCAAAGCACGCCAGGUGGUGACGUGCAUCGCGGAACAGCACGGCCUCCGCGCAACCCUUCACCCUCGCCCACACCCUCAUGCUGCUGGCUCAGCUUCGCACGCACAUGUCUCUAUCAACCCCGCAACUCGGGAAGAGAGCUUCCUGGCCGGCGUCCUCCAGCACUACCCAGCCUUGACCGCCUUCGCCUUGUCCACUGAUGCUAGCUACGAUCGGGUCCAAUCUGGUCUCUGGGCGGGAAGCGAAUGGGUCGCCUGGGGUACGCAGAACCGCGAGACUCCGAUCCGAAAGAUCUCUCAGGGACACUGGGAAAUCAAGUCGCUCGACGGUCUGGCCAAUAUGUAUCUGGCCAUGGCGGCGUUCUUAGCUGCAGGGUGUUUAGGUCUGCAGGAGAACCAACCGUUGACCGUCCAUGACUGUUUAUACGACGCCGCGACCCUGAGCGAUGCCGACCGCAGUGCCCUUGGCAUCACCACACCGCUUGCCACAAGCCUGUCUCAGAGUCUCGAUAGCCUGGCCGCUGACACGGCUCUCCAGGAUGUUCUUGGCCCGUCCCUGGUACAGAAUUAUAUCACGGUCAAGAAGGCCGAAAGCAAAAAGCUCAACACUAUGCAGCCGGAGGCGCGGCGGAAGUGGCUAGUCGAGAGAUAUUAGCUGCAAAUCUUGUAUAUAUCUAAAGCUAUACUAAUUCCCG